AGAGCCCGCUGAUUUAUUUCACCCAUCUCCCUCGUAAAUCGACAAUAGGCCGAUUGACAACAAAACCACUAUCCUCGGAGCAUUAUUUUCAUAAAUGCUUCCUAAAUAAGUGUUGUGAACCGAGAGCCUGUAUUCUUGACAAAUACAGCGAGGAAAAAAUAUGAAGAGGCGAAAUGCCGAAUCCGGCAAGAUGCGGCGCCCUAUAAAGCGCACAAAAAUCACCGAAGGAAUCUAUGGAAACACUGUACUGUACCUGAAAUUUGUAAUGCUGUGGGUGGCGGUCGUGAUGGUGGACUACAUGCUGGAGUUCAGAUUCGAAUACCUUUGGCCAUUUUGGAUGAUGUUGAGGUCCAUCUAUGAUUCAUUUAAAUAUCAUGGAGUUGCGUUCUCCAUAUUCUUCAUAUUCAUAGCGUUUAUGUCCGACCUCAUAUGUUACUUCUUCAUACCGCUACAGUAUAUAUUCUUCUCAGCCAGUACCUACGUGUGGGUACAGUAUGUGUGGUACACAUUCGCAGACAAGGGCGUGUGUAUGCCGACGGUGGCGCUGUGCUGCCUGGUCGUGUACACGGAGGGCGCGCUGCGAGCGCGUACCGGCCCGCUGGAGCUGUGGCGGCCGCUCGCCGCGCACUGUCUCGGAUACCCGACCCUGUCGCUCGGCUUCGGCGUUAAGGCGUACGUGGGCCAGCGACUGAGGUUGCGGCGGCAGCGGCAGGUCCGCGCCGAGAACGAGUUCUACUUCCAGCUGUUGCGAGACGCGUUGCCAGAAUCCGCGUUGGAACAGAACGGGCAGAGUAGUAAAGAGGAUAGUAAAGCGACGGACGCAGAGCAAUAUAGUCCCGCGGCGAGCGACACACGGCAUAUGAACGGCUCUGUGCGUCGCAGGUGCGCACGCGACCACAACGGCGUGUGCGUUGCCGACCAUCCCAUACAUGUUAAGUUAGAGAAGUUAGAGAAGCACUUAGCGCAGCAGACGGCCGCUCGCGAGAAGUCGCAGGCGAGCGCGCACGCGAACUCGCAGGCGAGUGCGGGCGCGCACGCACACAGCAACGGCGCCGCCGGCGGGCCCGGCGCGCCCUCUCAGGACGACAGACUAGAACACAGUAAAGGUAGUGGUAAGUCUGCAAAGUGUGAAAAGAAAGAGGCUAGUACAGUAAGAGAAGAGAAGAAGAAACACAAGAAUAGAGAUAAAGAUAAAGAUAAGGAGAGCAGUGAUAGCCAUAAGAGUACAGAACAAACAAAAGAAAUAUUAGUUAAAGAUAAAGAAUUAGAAAGUACAAAAGAAUCUGUCAAAAGUAAUAAAGAUAGUUCUAAUAGUCAUAAGGACAGAGAGAGGGAGAAAGAAAAGAAAGAAGAAAAAGAGAGGGAAACAAGAGAGCGGGAGCAAAAAGAAAAAGAACUGCGUUCGUCGAGGGAACUAAGCGAAGAGCUAAAAAGAGUACGCGCCGAGCUCUGCACUGCUAAGAGCAGCGAAGCGGAGGCGAAACGAGCGCUGGCCGCCGCCGCCGCCGCCGAGCGAGCUCGCCGCGCGGACCACUUGCAGCUACGGCAGGCGCACGCGCAACUGCAGAACAAAGUGUCGACGUGGCGCAGCGGCGAGCGGGUGGCGUUGGAGCGGCGGCUGAGCGAAGAGCGGCGCGCGCGCACCAACGCCGAGCACCAGCUACUACGCGCCAGGCACGCCAAUAGGACGCCCAAUGGCGAGUGUGAAAACGAGUGGUGUAAAUCGCGGCGGGCCGCACAGGAAGCGGACACGGCCACUCUGCGCAGAGAACUACAAAAAGCGCGCGACAGAGCUGCGCAGUUGCAGAAAGACCUCGUACAGUCCACCGAACAGGUGCGGUCGCUGGAGGCGCGCGCCGAGGGGGCGGGCGGCGCGGGGUGCGGGCCGCGGCUGGCGGGUGCGUGCGCGGCGCUGCAAGAGCGUGCGGCGCACCUCGAGCGCUCGCUAUCCGCCGAGACGCGAGUUAAACUAGACUUGCUGUCCGCGCUGGGAGAGGCCAAGCGGCACCUCACCAUACAGGAAGGUUUAAUAUCAAGACAAGAAAAAGAAAUUGAGGAACUAAAAGCUCAAAUGUUGGCCGUAAUGCCAACGGAAAUCGUGACGCCAGUCUCCAACUCCGUCUCCAAACUGCGACUCUCGGACGGAUCACCGCUUGACCCCAACGCGUCUGUGUACACGCCAAAACAGCUAUGUUCUGACGCCUGAGCGUUAGCGCGUGAGCACUGAGCCCGCGACGAACUGAGCAUCCGAGGUACUAGGCUAAGAGGGGGUGGAUGGAUUGUAUUACGUGCAUUACUGACAGAAUUUUGCUAUUUAACACGUUUUAUAAAAACGCAGGAACAAUAUAUUAAUGAACUGGCAGGGCAAUCCUUGCUAACCUUUUUUUUGUUUCCAAUAGAAUCGUAAAAAUAACAUGCAAAAUAUAGGAAUAAAAAUUGUGAAGCGCAUAGCAAGGAAUUUGUUUUUCAGAUGCAGUGCCACGUAAAGUACACGCCCGAAUCCUUAUAUCAUUUAUGGUUUUUGACUCCAGUUCUUAUAUAUUGUGACUAUGGAGUUAAAUUGUAGUGACACUGCAGUGAAAAAUUAUGACAGUGAAAUUGUUUCUUGUUUUAUACACUAUGUUUUUACCCACAACGUACCGAAGUUGGUAUAUGCAUUUAGGGUAAGAGGCUAAGUGUUACACAAUUUUGCAAUCACGUAAGACUACUCAGCCAGUUUACUAAUAUAUAGUUUUUACUAAUGCUCGUGUCCAUUAAAUAUGUAUCAUAACUGCCAUCUAUUCCGGGCCUACUUGAAUAAUCAUAUUUUUUCACUUUGUCUCUAGCCGGAAUAAGCACUACGAACGAAUCAUCCACCAACUCUUAGUCUAAGAGAAGGCAAACGCGACCUUCGCAAUCGAACCGCCUUCAAUACCGAUCUUUGUAUGCGUUUCACUGAUCUCAAUCGUUUUUUUUUUUUUUUGUUCUCUAUUCGAACUAAAUUUUUAGGAGUAAGUUUAACCUUAUUUUGUUACUUAAGUUACUGAUAAUACAAGUGUGUUUUAUUUGUUUCGAACAGUAUGGGGGUAUCUUUAAAUCGUUUGGUCAUUUUCAAUUGGGCAAAACUUUAAAAACCUUCCCUUUUCCAUCUGACUGUACAAAGGUGGAGUUACAAUUCGAGAUCGAAAAGGGUUUCAAAACCGUUUUAUUUUAUUACCGUUGGAUUGCGAUAUUCAGAUUCUGUCAGAAACAAGUACAAUAUCUGUAGAACGCCCAUACAAACAUCGGUACAACUAGAUCCCUGAAAAACAACGUUAGUUUUGUAAACUGUACGUACUAUAAAUCCGUGCCCUUUGUGUGAGGAUUGUAGUAAACAAAUGUCAUUAUGGCAUAAGAGAUAAUCUGUCACUUCAUAUGGACUGUCAAAAGUUUUAAAUCGAUUUCGUAUUUUUACUAGCUUUUGCUCCGGCAAUCGCGGUUUGACAGAUUUGUUUUCACUUGUGUGAAAUUACUAUAUGCCUCUGAGCUUAAAAAGCAUAUGGUAAUUUCAGACAUUUUUUUGACAUCUGUUUAGCUUCUAAACCUUAACACUAUGUCCACUGUGGGGCUCUGUCCACUUAGUACGAGAUUUUGACGACGAUUAUUAUCGAUGGUGGUCGAGUAUAAAAUCACUAUAACGUUAAACUAAAAUGAACCAAAUGAUCCUUGACUUAAGGCUCAUUUCAAUCUCAAAGGUUAUAAACUUAUUUACUUCGAAAUAGGUUUGUAUAAAUAAGUUUAAAAAAAGAACUGCUAGUUUAAAGCUAGAUAAAUAGACUUUAUGUUUUUCGUUAGAGCCUAGAGCUCGAAAAUAUCGACAUUCCAAUGUAAUAUUGGAGCAGCCGGCUCCGCUUUCAUAAGACUAAUUGAGGCUAAGUUGUAAAUUGUUGAUGUUGUAAAUGAGCAACUACUGAAUUUUUCAGUCUUCCGAACUGGUGGUAGAUUUAUAACCAACAGACAGACGUUUCAAAAGUCCUUAUAGAGUUAGCCUUUUUGAAAUAAAUUUAUCUCAAUUUGGAAUAAAGUUCGAUAGUACGGAAUGUACUACUUUAAUACAAGAGGCGUAAGGUCCAUUAUACUAUAACGUUAUAGUGUAUCAGUACUGGGAUAACAUUGAUGAUAAUGAGCAAUCUAAGAGGACGGAGCGCUUAUUUUUUCAUCAUUGAGAUAUUUGGAUUAAUAAACUUGUAUACCUUAAGAGCCGACUACUACGUUACGACAUUUGCUCGCGCAGUUGUUACACGAUUGAGUUUUGAGAUAUGUUUUUAUAGUAAAUAGGGCCCCUUAUUCGCUAAAAACAAAUCGUAGUUAAUGGAACUACUAUAGAACAUUUUGGAAGUGGGAAGUUUUUACUAUCAUACCGCGAGACAGUAAACAUCUGAAACGUUACGAUGUUGAAUGGAAUUGUGCAAUACUUCGCUUCUAAGCAUCACGUUAGAUCUGGAAUCUAUAAUAUUCUUUAAAUCAAAAGUAUAAUAAGAAUACGCAUAAUUUGGGUAAUCAUUUACCGUCCGGUGUGAUUGCAAGCCAUGCGCUGGUCUAUAUAUUUAAAAGAAAGAUACCCAAUCUAACAGUGCAGCGAUGAGUCACCCAUGUGUCUAAAGUUAUGCUGAAAAGCCAAUAACAUUCUAAAACUAACCUCAUUACGGUCCCACUAACGCACCAAAAGUUGUUUUGGAGUGAUUUGACAAAAACGCUGCUGGCACCAUUUAUCAAACCUCGCCUGCCGUAGUUGGCUACUCGGGCGGCAAAAAUAUUUAGUUUCUAGUAAAACCGUAAAUACAUUAUUUAGAAGGGAAUUCUAUAAAACGAAUAAACAUAUUCAAGAGUCGUUAUAAUCUUACAGCUCCAUAUAAAUUUGGCCCGGAUCGUCUUGUAUGAAGUUAAGACAAAAGACGAUCCUGGACAACGUAAAGUUUUAUUUAAAAAACCUCUUUAAACGUUAAAAUGCUGGGACCUAAUUAUGUUUAAAAGUGCUGAGUUGAAAUAAAUUAUUUGUAUUAUUAAAUUAUUUCGUCACUGGUUCUUAAUGCGUGUACAAACCAACUCACUCAGUCAAUCAGUCCGGAAUUGGGUGAAAGUAAUAAAAAUAUUCCAUUACAUACCAUUUGAAUGUCAAGCGAAUGAAUGGAGCCAAUUCUGUAGUACUAAGCUAAACUGAAUUGACGUAUUCAAAAUAUUGCCGUCCUUUUCACAUUGUUUAUUGUGGAAAAGGAUAGUGCUUCUUUUGGCAAUAGCUUGUUUGAAUUGAAUCUAACGUUGUUCAACUGCGCGUUUAAGUGUCGCCGUGGGCUCUUAUUAUUUGGCGGUGAUUGAUAAAAUUGCUUAAGAGAUGUUACCCGCGUGGACUAUAUACAACUUAUUUUCUUUUUUCCUAUGUACCUAAUAGUAAACUUCCGGAAAAAUUUGCAUAUUAUCCAGAAAGCAAACUAUCUUUUUGUUAAGUUUCGUUAAACCGAUUCAUCGGCAAGAUAAAGACAGCGCUAUGGUUAUUCCACGUACAGUAUUUCAUCUGACACACUUUUCGAACAAAUUUCAUAGCGACAUUUUUGACAGCUCCUAUACACUUAUGGACUUUUUGUUCAGUGGGAGGAACAAAAAGUCAGGCCUUCGCCCAUGGCUAGUUAACAUCCUUCCGACAAAGACGAGCCGCUACGCGAUUUAGCAUUACGGUAAGAUGUCGCGUACAAACCGAUUCGGGGUAUGGGUUUAAUAUGCCAUACCCCUAACAUGUUAUACCGUUACGUGAAAUAGUCCAGGGAUGAGUUUCAUUUGUUGCUUUUCCUUGUGCCAAACAUUAUUAGAAUCCGUUCAGACACGUUUACAUUCACAAAAAUCUUUAAGAAAAAAUCUCAUAUAUAAUAUCCAAGAGUAAGUGCAUUAUGAUAUAUUCCUAGACCUCCUGCUCUCGUGUUCAGUCGUUUAACUUUUGUGAUGCAUUUGAAGUUAGUGAUUGACGUAAGUCUCCGAUAAAAAUAAUACAACCGUGGUAGGGACAAGAAAAAGAUGGCGCGUAACGGAUAAAUGUGACGCGUAACCGAAAAAUGUGACGGUAAUUUUUUUUCCAACGCCGAUCAAGAAGUUUCACCUUAACAAAAAAAACAAUAAACUCUUAAAGCUAAAAUAUAAAAUAACUUCUAUAGUCCUUCUUGAAAUAUUUUAUCAUAAUUUGAAUUAAAUUAAAUUUAACCUGUUUUUGCGAGACUGCGAUUUUUGUCUUUUAAAAUCGCCAAGGAAACUGUCAAAAAGAGUACCACUAAUAAUUGAAAUGUGUUAACAACAAUAAUAGCCAAAAGGCCGAACUUUUUUACGUAUAUGCUUGAAUGUUGUAUGCAUAAUUUUUAUCUUUCCUCGCAUUUAGUUUACAUUUUUUUUUUACAUCCAGUAAUGUUGUUUUUUUGUCAAAAACAAAGUUUACCAAUUCUGCUGUAUGCAAAGCUUUAAUUAAACUAAAUUAUAGAAACUGAAAAUAGCGACACUAUUUACAGAAGCAUUUUUACAAAGCGUUUGUCAGAGUAAUUUUAUCAAUCCGAGCAUACGGAUUAUCCUUCCAGACUUAAAUUUAUGCCGAUUUUAAUGCAAAACGUUGUAUGAAUUUUCGUUAAGCAUAAAUGUCUAUCUGCCUUAUUAGGGACCUGAAGAAUGCCCGAAUAAACUAUAAGAUUUGCACUACAAACACUGUUACAUGAAAGUAAAAUAGAUCGUAUCGUAUUUAAAGUCUUAAAUUUUGUACUGCUAAUUUUAUACAUUAUAUUAUAUCAAUGUUCCGCUAGGAGCGCUGGUUUUAGAAUAUAAACUUUGAAACAAUGUAAAUUAUGUACAUUUUUCUCUGAAAGAGACAUUACAAGACCUUUGAAAAAACUUGUUAAAUAAUCGUCCUACACGGGAUAAUAUUAGCUAAGAUCUAGAGAGAUCAAACACAUGCACAAUUGUUACUGUGCCCAAAUUUAAAAGAUGUUGCGUCCAAAUAUGUAACCAAAAAUUUUCGAGAUUCCACAUUUAGAAAGU